CUUGCACAAUAUCAGCUUGAUUUAUGUUUCCUGUGUUUGCAGUAAAAGCCUUUAAAAACUGCUCAGUUUCUGCCUUUGGGUUUAGUUCAAACGGCAUCAUGGUGUCGGAGAAAGAAGCUCUGCUGGCUGCUUUCAUCGCUGCCCUCGUUGCACAGAGUGCAGCGAUCAUCGGCGGCAGAGAGGCAGCUCCACACUCUCGGCCCUACAUGGCUUCCAUCCAGGUACCAGAAGGAGAAAACCUGAAGCACGAAUGUGGAGGUUUUGUGAUUGCAGAUCAGUGGGUGAUGACUGCAGUUCACUGUAUGCCGAAUGGAGCAAACGGCAGGAAGGUGGUUCUGGGUGUCCACUCUCUGAGUGAACCUGAAGAAACAAAACAAACCUUUGACAUUUUGGAGCUUCACAAUCAUCCGGACUUCAGCGUGGUGAACUACGACAACGACAUCGCUUUAAUUAAGCUGGAUCAUCCGUUCAACGCCUCCGACGCCGUUAAAGCCGUAGAAUUCCUCCGAGCCGGCGGUACGAACCCCGACACCGAUGCAGAGGUGGAAACAGCUGGAUGGGGGUCUCUGGACAACCUGGGGUCCCGACCGGACAAGCUGAAGGAGGUGGUGGUGGAGGUGGUGAACUCGGCCCGGUGCAGACGCAGCGACUACUUCGGCAGGAAGUUCACCAGCAACAUGAUCUGUGCUCAUAAAGUCUGUCCAGAUCCGUGUGACCAACCACACAAGAAGGAGGACAGCUGUGAUGGAGACUCUGGAGGUCCGCUGCUCUACAACGGCGUUGCAGUCGGCAUCACGUCCAACGGAGGAAAGAAGUGCGGCCAACUGAGGAAACCUGGGAUCUACACCAUCAUCUCCCGCUACACCGAGUGGAUCGACAAAACCAUGAACCUGCAGCCGACGGGAGCUCCAGACCAGCCAGCGGACCAGAGAAGUUAAACAUUCUGACGCUUUUAGUUGGCAACAACCACGUUUCUGCCAAAUCCUGCUUCCUCUGAGUCACUGAUUUUUCUGCUUAGAUAUGAAGCACAUGUGUUUAUGAGCUGGACAGAAGAGCUUCUUUAUCAUUAAUGCUUGUUUUUAUGGCUAAUGUGGACACACUGCAAUCAGCUGCACAAACAAAUUAACUUCAAUAUGUAUUUCAUAUCAUUUUAUUAAAUCGCUUUAUUAAUUCCUUCA